AAAAUGUCAUAUCAAUUGUACAGGGCAACUACGAUAGGAAAUGCUCUUCAAGAAAGUUUAGACGAAUUGAUACUGUCUGGUCAAAUAACAUGUCAACAGGCGUCAAAAGUUAUGCUGAGGUUCGAUAAAUCUAUUAGUCGGGCAUUUGGAACUCGGGUCAGAGCUUACAUUUCAUUUAAAGCCGGCAAAUUGACGUCUUAUAGAUUCUGUGACAAUGUUUGGAGUUUUGUAUUGAAAGACGUCGAGUUCAGAGGAAUUGCGGAAGACUCAACUUUUCACGCAGUUAAAAUAGUUGCUUGUGAUGGCAAAGGAAUGGAAAGUGAUGAUACGAAGUAA